AUGGGCUAUCCAGACGUUAUAGGUGGCGUUUCCAGAAAGGUUUGCUCUGGAAUUUACACGCACUCGUGCCGUUUCCUCAGAGCCAAUCACUUUGAAAUUGGCGGCCGUAUGGCCGUGAUCGCUUGUCCGCAAUCGUUCAUUGUUUGGUCUGCAAUUCCAUACGACGAAAAAACCAUUGAUUCGUUGAACAAAGCCAUGGUGGAAGGAGGCGAUAUUAAAACAGACGAGUCUUUUGUCCAGAAGGUGUCACAUCUAAUUAUCCCCGACGGCGAACAUACUAUGGCUGUGCAGAGUUGGAAAGCCAAGCUCCCUAACAUCAGAAUCGUGGGAUUCGAAGGCCUCAAACCAGAAAUUGCCAAAGUGGCCGAUAUUGUGAUUCCUGAGAGUGCAGGCUGGAAGAUUCUUCGCACCGACGAUUUGAGUGCCUUUGGCUUCGACGAGGCAAAAGAUGUGGCAUUGGCAGAUGCCAAGCUGCAAUUUAUGUUCUGGCCAAAAGUGUCUAACAAAGAACUUCUUGUGUUUAGCGAACCUCACAAAGCAGUCUUUGCUGCUGAUGUCAUCUUUAAUCUCCAGCAUAACAAUAGAAGGAUCCCAGAGUCAGAUCUUUAUAACGAACAAUUCGAGGGCAAGGAGCCAUUCCGGCUAAUGCAAAGACUUUUUUUCAAGAACGCGUUCAGCUUUGGAACUGGAUUUAACAAAUUCCUUGCGAAACGAAUGGUUGCUGACCCUGUUAGCUUCUCGCCUGCUUUCAAAGAGCUGAUUGCCAAAUGGGAUCCAACCAAGAUCAUUAUUUGUCAUGGCGAUGUGAUUGAGCGCGAUGGUUCAGCCGUUUUCAAGAAAACUUUUGGUCACAUUGUUAGAGAAUAG